GAAACAGCUCCUGCUCACACACACUAAAAUCCCGGUCUCACACACACUAACAUCCCGGUGUCUGCACACACACUAACAUCCCGGUCUCUGCACACACACUUUACAUCCCGGUCCCUGAACACACCGUGCCGUGGCUGCAGGAAAACGGUCCUUCUUUCCCUCCUCUUCCUCCUCUUCCUCACUUUCUUCUGACUGCAUGUUCAGCCACACUGCCUCCCCUCCUCUCCGCGUCUUCACUUCGGCAUGGACAGCCGGGUACUCGAGCAUCCUCACGCCCAGUUCGGAGGCUCCUUGGGCGGAUUGGUGGGCUUCCCGUACUCGCUCGGUGCCCAUCACCACCACCACCACCACUCCCUGUACGAGCUCGCGGGGGGACACCAGCUGCAGUCCGCGGCCGCCAACCCCUUCUCUAUAGACGGAUUACUGAACGGAUCCUGCUCGGCCUCGGUGGUCAACAACCCGCUGCUGUCGCCCGACGGAGGGCAGUUCAAACUCUCAGAUUCUGGGGACCCGGAUAAGGACAGUCCAGGUUGUAAACGGAGACGAACGAGGACAAAUUUCACGGGGUGGCAGCUGGAGGAGCUCGAGAAGGCUUUCAACGAGAGUCAUUACCCGGAUGUGUUCAUGCGGGAGGCGCUCGCGCUCAGGCUGGACCUCGUGGAGUCUAGGGUUCAGGUUUGGUUCCAAAACCGCCGAGCUAAAUGGAGAAAGAAGGAGAACACAAAGAAGGGUCCGGGUCGGCCUGCUCACAACUCCCACCCCACCACCUGCAGCGGAGAGCCCAUGGACCCCGAGGAGAUCCAGCGCCGGGACCGAGAGCGAGCCGAGAAGAAGAAGAGGAAGCAGGAGAGGAAGCUGCUGAAGUCGCAGAACAAACUCCUGUCCGGGGACAGCUUCCACACGCCGGGGGGCUCGGAGAGCGACAGCGGGGUCUCCCAGUUCACCGACAGCGAGCAGCAGUGUCCGAGCGUCAGUGGGAGUAUUCACCUCGACCUGCCUGCCUCCAAAUCUGCAGACCGAGGACACCCAACUGAAUCCAGCUGUGACCAAACACGACACGACUUCAGCCCACUACAGAACCACCAAAACCAAAGAACCGCAGGGGAACCGGAGCAGGUUUCUCCGGGCAGCUUCACGCUCAGCUCCAGCCCCGGAGGUCCCAGAUCCUCCGCCCUGCAGAAACGAAACCCUUUCAGCGUGGAGAGCCUCCUCUCCGACGUCACGCCUCGACGGAAACCUCAGCUGGACUUCCCCUCGCUGCCCAGUCAGAGGACUCUCAUAGGGAAAGGCCACUUCUUGCUUUACCCAAUUACCCAUCAGCCCUUGGGUUUUCUGGUGCCCCAAGCAGCCCUGAAGGCCUCGCCGUGUCUGGGACAGAUGUUUGUGCCGAGUGAAGGAAGUCCUGACCUCUCCAGCUUUGUCUCUAAGCCUCUACACUCGGAUCAUACAGAGCACAACAAUCACAUUAGCAAUAGAGCGGCUGGAGACAGAGGUGACUGCAGCAAUGCAAGACUUCCUGUUUCUCCUCCGGCUAACAGUGAGGCUCAGGGCAGAGACAUUAAGGAGGAGAGGAGUUUGAAAGUUCUCAGCAGCAAUGCGAGAUUCCCUGUUUCUCCUAACAUUGAGGUUCAGGCCAGGCUCAGCUCCUCUCCGUGCAGAGACAGUAUCGAGGAGAGGAGUUUGACAAAUGGCUGCCAAGCUGCCGAGCUGCGUGCCGAAGAGAAGGGUGCGAGCGAGGCGUCUCCAGCCCUCUCCGAACGUCUCAAGGCAAACACAGACUGUCAAGAAACACCCGGAACAGAUGGAGAGGAUGUCGAUAUGGACUAACACUUUGCAAGGAGCGCAAACAUAAACAAAGGACCAGGAACAACCGCUCAGACUAUUCAAACAUUCCCAAAGCUCUGCUGAGACACUUGGAAAAACAUAUCAGGAAUCAGGAGACCUAAUUCUCAUCUAUUUUUUAAUCAUCACGUGAUCAAUCCAGAUGGCGCCCCUUUUAAGAAGCUAGUGGCUGUCUUCAUAUUUGUAGGCCUUUAGAAGCAGGUUCCUUCUCUUUUUUAGUGACCUAUUAAAAUCUAGGCGACAAUAAACAUCUCACACACAACGAAAAUCCUCAGAUAUUGUAAAAAAAACGAGAUAUUUAUAUGUAAACACUUUUGAUAAAUAAAGUUAUUGUUUAAAUUGAAUCACUGUUUUUCUAGGAGCAUAUGGAAAAGGGGGUGGGGGUUGCUGUGUGGCAGAACCUUGGAGUUUUGUCGUGUUACAGCGGAUAAAUCCUCCUUUUUCUCUGUAUAGGAGGCUCAAGUCCGUCUGGCUGUUUGUAUUUAUUGCUUUAACAAAUUUAUUCAUUUGAAAGGCCGAGCUGGAAUGAGGUUAGUGGCUGCGGGCUAUAAGGACCCUGCGCCUCCUGCUGAGUUUUGAUAUGAAAGUAAUUAUUUUCCCACUGGCUGCCAUGGCUCUGGAGGCAGUUUUUUUUUCUUCAUCCUCCUCCUCCUCCUCCUCCUUCUUUCAGCCCCAAAGGGUUAUUAGACAUUACCGAUUUCUAGUGAUACGGAAUCACAUAAACUUCCUACAAUAAUAGAAUUAGCAUGAAAGGCAGAGGGUGUCAAAUUGAAAUGGGAAAAUAAUAGCCGCACCAGCUGCAUCGUGUGUAUGUGUGUGUGUGUGUGUGUGUGUGUGUUUGGGAGUGUGUGUGUGCGCAUAUCUAUUGAGGGGGAGGAGAUGGGGGAGAUUCGUGGGGCGGAAUUUUCAUGAGCUGCCUCGGUUGUCAGACGGCCCUUGUAGUCGGCUAUAUUAAGAUAGAUGUUCGAUGAUAUCCCUCAUUGUUCUGUCGCUUAUAUUGAUGUUGCUGCGUUAUCGCCCUAUUGAUCAUGUGUCGCACAUAAUAGGACAGGCGCGCGCCCGUCUGCCGUGCGCCUUUUUCCACAAAAGCGCCCGAGCCCCUCGUCAUUUGUUCUAAUAGGACUGUGAGUCCCUGAGGGGGAGACAGAUAAAGAUAUAGGAGAGGGAGAGGGGGAGAGGAGGCGAGUGGCUUGCAUUAAUAUUUUUAUAACCACUUUUUGGCUGAAUAAAAGAAAGAGGAAGUGGCUGAAUUAAAGAUGUUUAGAAGAGAUCAUGUUGCAGAUGUGUGUUUUUAUUC